CUCACCGUCGUCACCUCUUCCAACGCACCAUAGUCACGACUCUGCCAAAUGGAGCACACCAUUUCUCCUCUCUUCCUCGCUGACGGCAUCACCACGUGUCGAGGGAAAGAGCACUCCUUUCCGUUAUGGUCUAUGGAGGACUACUGCGUUCUUCUGAGUUCAUUCACCUAUAUAUAUGUGCGAGAUUUUACAGCUUUAUACACCAGCAAUCAGUUUUCUCUGAAUGAAUAAGUUGACAAGCUUGAGCCAGGGAUCCAUCAGAACGACGCCACUUUGUUGAUUCCAUCACAGCUCCUUCUCGGAUUCACUCAUUCCCUGCCGAGGGAAAGCUGCGUUAGAAGAUAUACGGAGUUUAUAGAUUGGAAAUUCGGAGGGAGAAUGGGCUCGUCGGCGAUCUCGUUGCGGUUGAUGCCGGCAUGCAUGAGAGCUGGGCGUGGGGAUGAGAGUGAGAAGGUGCUACUUCACUGUUCUUCGAUUUCAAGGCAGGCUGAGUCUCGAUUGGGUUCGUCGUUGGUGAACACCGGUAGUACUCCUUUUAGCAUUUACUUUUCUCGUUCGAGAUUUGUAGAAAGUGGCGUCUCUUCGUCGUUCUCAUGGGGAAAUGCUGCUCAUAUCUCCAGACGCAGCUCAUCCAACAUUGUUACUCACUCUGGGGAGGUGAUGGCAACUCUCUUGCAACCUGUGGUGGAAGUUGCAACUAAGAAGAAACCUCCCACUAAGGAGAGGCGAGUGGUUGUGACUGGGAUGGGUGUUGCAACACCACUUGGUCAUGAAGUCGAUGUGUAUUACGAAAACCUGCUUGAAGGUGUCAGUGGCAUUACCUAUAUAGAUGCUUUUGAUUGUUCCCAGUUUCCAACAAGAAUUGCUGGAGAGAUAAAGUCUUUUACGACUGAUGGUUGGGUUGCGCCAAAACUUGCAAAGAGAUUGGACAAGUUCAUGCUUUACAUGUUGACUGCUGGAAAGAAGGCAUUGGCUGAUGCUGGAAUCAAUAAUGAUUUGAUGGAAGCUGUUGAUAAAACAAAAUGUGGAGUUUUGAUUGGCUCAGCAAUGGGUGGGAUGCAGAUUUUUAGUGAUGGAAUGGAGGCUUUGAGGAUUUCAUACAAGAAGAUGAAUCCUUUUUGUGUACCUUUCGCUACUACUAACAUGGGUUCUGCAAUUCUAGCAAUGGACUUGGGUUGGAUGGGGCCAAAUUAUUCAAUCUCAACUGCAUGUGCUACAAGCAACUUCUGUAUAUUGAGUGCUGCUAACCACAUCAUUAGUGGUGAAGCUAAUGUGAUGCUAUGUGGUGGAUCUGAUGCACCUAUUAUACCAAUUGGAUUGGGUGGAUUUGUAGCCUGCAGGGCACUUUCUCAGAGAAACAAAGAUCCUACUAAAGCUUCACGACCUUGGGACAGUGGUCGGGAUGGCUUUGUCUUGGGGGAAGGAGCUGGUGUUUUGCUGUUGGAAGAACUUGAGCAUGCCAAGAGGAGAGGUGCAACUAUAUAUGCUGAAUUCUUGGGUGGAAGCUUCACCUGUGAUGCAUAUCAUGUAACUGAGCCUCAUCCUGAUGGAACUGGUGUUAUCCUUUGUAUAAAGAAGGCCCUAUCUCAGUCUGGGGUAUCCAGCCAAGAUGUUAACUAUGUCAAUGCACAUGCAACAUCCACACCAGUUGGAGAUUUGAAGGAGUACCAAGCUCUAAUUCAUUGUCUAGGCCAUAAUCCAGAGUUACGAGUGAACUCAACAAAAUCUAUGAUUGGCCACCUUCUAGGAGCAUCUGGCGGCGUGGAGGCUGUAGCAACUGUUCAGGCAAUUCGAACUGGGUGGAUACAUCCGAAUGUCAAUCUUGAAAACCCAAGUAAUGGUGUGGACUUGAAGUUCCUUGUUGGCCCCAAAAAGGAAAGGCUUGACAUAAAAGUAGCAUUAUCUAAUUCCUAUGGAUUUGGCGGUCAAAAUUCAUCAAUAUUAUUUGCUCCUUACAAGUAGAUAUUUGGAAUGGCUGGCACCUAUAGGUAUGCAGGCAUAUGCUCCUUUCGAUACAAAGUAAUACGUAGUAUAUAUUCGAUGAGAUUGAACUUGCUCGCCAGGUAAAAAUGUAAAGGAAUCUUGAUACUUGUGAAUAGGUUAGUGUGAAUGGCUCAAGUCUUGUACAAUAUACUGCCCAUGCUAGCUCAUCCUUUAGAGUAGAUACAUAUCAUGUAGACUAUGAUUGGUACAAAUACAGCGCUUAUAAGGGAAAUCUUCUUCUGCAUUUGUAAUUACACAUUUAAUGUUGAUAUCUGAACAACUUGUAUCGCCAAUCAUUUUUUUGUGAUCUUUUUCAUGUGAAAAUUUUCAUUAGGGUAGUCUCUCCAAAUUCAGCAAUUUUUAUCUUUUAAGCAUUCUUGAAAUGGGAGUGCCCAUCUACAAGAUGCCAUGUUGCAUUUCUAUCACAUGGCGCAGUAUUAAGGACAACUAAUUAAUUAAUAACGUAAAAGUAAAAAAAGACAAUUCUGAAGAUUAGAUUGAGCCCGAUUCCCAAUAGUGAUGUACUAAAAAAAAUCAGUGAUGUUCCCCGUGCACUUGUUAGGUAUGUGUUGUGCGUGGUGGUGCUGUGCACUUUUUGUGCGGAGUGGUGCAUCUGCCGUGCAACCGUCGUGCGGCUGUUGUGCAUUUGCUGUGCGCCGGGCAUGCGAUGCACCCGUCGUGCGGGUGUUAUGCACAGGGGCAGAGUCGCCAUUAGGGGUGGACUCGGGCCGGUUCGGGCCUGGGCCCGGCCGGGCCUCGGGCCAGAAAACUAGGGCCCGGGCCCGAACCGCCGGUGGGCGGUUCCGGUUCCGGUUCCGGGCCAAACGGUCUAUUUUUUUUUUUUUUG